AUGAAAAAUAACAUCCAGGCAGAUGCGAAAGUACAGGAUCGAUAUGCGUCUACAGUGAUAGGCAACAAUCAAGGUUUGAAUAAGAAUCCAUGCUCAAAACCUUCACUUCCCCAGUCUGAGAGAGUUUUUGCCGAAACAGACUGUGUUUUAGAAAGACUUACCCCUGCCACUCUGGAUGUCCAAUACGAAGACGAGUCCGAGAAAGUGAUCCAAAUACACAGCAACGUCUUUGGACGCCAUGCCCAAGAGGAUCCAAAAUGCGGCGCACCACCAGCCAGACAUUCAGACGAGGCAGAAAAGAAGCCGAAAAGGCCGUCGCUGAGUAUGAGCCAAGCAAAUCAGAUGGUACAGUCAUUUCGCAGGCGAAAUGAAUGUUUCCCGUUUGUUAUCUUACCGGAAAACACAACAGUCGAGGAGUUGUGCCAGCAGCGCCCUUUUCUGCUUCUUGCGGUGCUAGUGGUUACCUCUGACAUUACACCGGUGCUUCAAAAAUCGCUGGAUGAGCGAUUACGCAAGGUUGUGGCUACGAGGGUGGUUAUGCAGGGUGAAAAGUCAUUGGAUUACUUACAAGGUCUCAUCAUUUACCUUGCAUGGCAUCCAAUUCAUCUGAGACCGACCAACAACCAGAUAUUUCAGUAUACACAGCUUGCAAUCGCUAUGACUUCCGAUUUGGGCCUCGAACGCAAAAUGGAAUCGCCAUCGGAGUCUGCCGAGGAUCGACUAACUGCGACGAAUAUACUUUUGGGCUGCUAUUAUCAAUCUUCAAAUGCUGGAAUGGCUUUUAAGAGGCCCAACAAUUUCACUUUUAAACCUUCGGAUGAACUGCUGGACUCGAUGUUGAUGCACAAUAAUGAACCUUUCACUCAGGUGGCUGCGGCUGCUACACGAUUAGCUAAAUUCAUUGAAAGAAUACAUUACAUUGAUGUCGACAGGGAGAUGGAAAAUUUACAAGUCUGGAUAGAAUGCCCAUUCCAGAAACUCACACAAGUGUAUUUGCAAGAGUUGUCGGAAAUAGAGAGCGCCUUUUCAACAUCUGUUGAUGCAAACAUCAAAAUACAGGUUCUUCGGAAAUUCGCCAGAGUUGAAUUAUACACCAUAGCUCUAGUAAAAGAAAAAUACCGAUCAAAAUGGCAACGAAAAAAGUCAAACCAUAUUCUCAACCACGAAAUCAACUCACUGAGCUACUUGCAAAUCUACUCGACAUGUUUCACCGAGAUAAAUACCUUUAUAGAGUUUAUGAUCAACACUUCUUCGGAUGACUGGCGAAGACUCCCUUUUAGCGAAUGGGCCAUGUUAAGCAUAGUCAUAAUCUAUUUUUCGAAAUUAUGCCAAACCAAAAUCGCAAAUGAUAUGGACAAAUCUACCGCGUACGAUGAACUGUUUCAAACGGAGCGCGAUAUUUGGCUAUCUAGUAUCGACCGCCUGUGUGAUCGCCUCGAAGAGGUGUCAACGACAACGACAACGACGCAGCAGGAGAAUACCUGCUGUCGGCGCACACCGGAUUUCUUCUAUUUAUUCAACACCGUGCUGAAAAUUUUCAAAGAAAACUUUGUGCGUGAUUUUAUGACUAUUCAGAAAGCCCCACUGUCAUCUAGUCAAAAAGAUGAAGAAGAAGAAAUAGAAGGAUCUAGCUGUCGGCGCACCAGUAGUCGAUCUCAGUGCCCCGUUAUGAACGGUGAUCUUCAGCAUACCGAUUAUUGGGACAUGUUGAUGGACGAUACGCAGAAUUACCUUGGAGAUAUGGGAUGUUUUGGGGCAGAAGCAGAUUUGGAUAUCAACGACCCCGCGUAUUUUGAUUUGACUUCUUGGGUGGAUAUUUCUAUAUAG